AUGGAGAUUUUAGGAAUCAAAGCCACAUCCACAGUUCCUACUCGACCUUCAAGCUUAUACAUUUUCCCUAUCUGGUUGAUUUUUGUAUCAACCUCGAAUUCGAUCUUGAACCUCUUGCUCUUUCAAGUGUUAAAUCGAUUGAAAUUUCGAUUCGAGGUUCCCAAAAACUUGUGUACUCGUUUUAUCAUGUUGGCUCCUCAAACCCACUUCAUUGCAGGGCUAUUAUGCCAACUCGACUUGGGACUUUUCAUGAUGAAGAAAGAUAUGUCGUACAUUGCCAUUGAUCUUUGCUUGGGGAAUUUACACCUCUUCUCUCUGCUUGUUGCCAUGAACCUUACACAAGUUGGAAGAACAGAUGGCAGUGAUAUAGCAGCUUCCGGAAGCCGCAAGUCUCGGCGCUUUACUAUCAGUGACCUCAACAUCGAAAUUCCUAUGAAUCCUUUAUCCGCAAGAUUUUCGCGCACUAGGCUAUCUUCAGACUGGGCAGAAACCUUUCUUCACGGCACGGAGACUGUCGGCUGUAAAGAUAAAUCAGAAAGAACUAUAAGAGGUCCGAGUAGCAGUUCUUCUUCUUUCACUGCAACUCAUUCCAAUGACUUAAAGGCUUUCGCUACCAGAAGAUAA